AUGGCGAAGAAGAGGUUAACAAGCGUAUUCGUAUGUUUAAAAAGUACAACGACGCCCACGCAAUUUGGAGGUGGCAAGAGUUCAGGCUUUGGUCUAGUGUAUGAUACGGUGAAUGAUGCCAAGCGCUUUGAGCCUAAGUACCGUUUGAUCCGUCAGGGUCUUGUGGAGAAGGUUGAGACGUCGCGCAAGCAGAUUAAGGAGGCUAAGAACCGUGCCAAGAAAGUCCGUGGUGUUGGCCGUCGUAUCGCUCGCCACAAGGCUGCCAAGGCCAACAACAGCACUGUCUUAUUUUUUGCUGAGCGUGUUUUGGGGGAAACAAGAAGCUUGGUGUCUUGA